GAGAAAGAGAGCGAGAGAGAGAGAGGCAGGCUGCUGGGAGGAGUGACUGAGAGCGAAGCAGGCAAGAAGAAACAAGGAACACAUUUUAGAAGAGCAGGAAAAGGGAGGAUCGCAGACAGGAGACUCUCUGGAUUGUCUCUGUUGGGCACCUGGGACACUGUCAUUGUGCUUCUCAUUAUAUUUUUUUCUCUCUUCUUCUCUGAACCAGUGGACCGGUGGAGAUUCGUUUUCUUCUUGGUGCCAUAUCAAUUAGAAGCUGGGAUUGUUUCUGUGUAAUCUGCUCUUCUCUGGCUGAACUGUUACACACUGAGAUUGCUUCUUUGGUUUGUUCCUGCCUGAUACUGACUCUUCCCAAAGUGUAUCUGUUAGCACACCGCUGAGGAUAUAUCCUGUGUCCGACAAUACAACACAGAGCAGCUGGGAUAUCAGACUACAGAGGAGAGAGAGAGAAAGAGAGAGAGAGAGAGAGAGAGAGAGAGAGAGAGAGCUGUGAGAGCAGCCGAUUGAGCGACAGAGAGUGUGAGAGAGAUUGAAGCCGAAGAGCGAGGUAAGCUAUAGCAAGACAGCUUAAAUAGAAAAGUGAUCUAUCUAUCCUCCCCCUUUUCCUUGUCUUUCCUUUUCUCCUCUCCCACACUGUCCUGUGCCAGCAAUUUGUGUGCAGGACUGCCUAAAGCCACUGCCACCUGCUCCUCCUCAUCUUUCUCCUCUUCCUCCUCUACCUCUCUUCUCACGCGUUACUAUCCGAAACCAGCCAGUGAGGGACAGACAGGACACGCAGCAGCUUCCGUUUGUAACACUCCAGGAGAUUUAACUAAAAGGCGUCGUCAGGCAGGAGCUAACCCCACAGUGGCAACCCCUCUCCGAACCACUCUCCGUCAGACGAACCCUGCCUGCUCUCCGGAGGACCAGCAGUGAUACAAGACACCAGUGUGGACGGGAAAAAUAAGGGACCUACAGUCAGAGAGCCAAGCCCCAGUACUACUAACGCUCGUCCUCCGCCUCCGCGCAACCAUUCCCUGCCCCGGCGCUAAGGAUUCCAGCUACAUGGGCAAGCGAUUGGAACAGCAACCAAUGUACCCUCAGUACACAUACUACUACCCCCACUACCUCCAGACCAAGCAGCCCUAUGCUCCACCCCUCCACCCCAUGGCUCCGCCCAGCCCCAGUCACAACAGCUGCAGUCACGGCGGAUCCGAGCUGCUGAGUAAAACUAACCUGUACAUUCGAGGCCUGCCCCCGGGGACCACGGACCAGGAUCUCAUCAAGCUCUGCCAACCAUAUGGGAAAAUAGUGUCAACCAAGGCCAUCCUGGACAAGAACACCAACCAGUGCAAAGGAUAUGGCUUUGUGGACUUUGAUAGCCCGGCUGCAGCACAAAAGGCGGUGUCGUCUCUCAAAGCCACCGGGGUGCAGGCUCAAAUGGCUAAGCAACAGGAGCAGGACCCCACCAACCUGUACAUCUCCAACCUGCCGGUGUCCAUGGAUGAGCAGGAGCUGGAGAACAUGCUGAAGCCCUUCGGUCACGUCAUCUCCACACGGAUCCUGAGGGACGCCAACGGGGUCAGCAGAGGGGUCGGCUUCGCCAGGAUGGAGUCGACUGAGAAAUGUGAAGUGGUGAUACAGCAUUUCAAUGGGAAAUACCUGAAAACCCCACCAGGCAUUCCAGCCCCCAAUGAGCCUUUACUGUGCAAAUUCGCUGACGGAGGGCAGAAGAAACGCCAGAGCCAGAGCAAGUACCCGCAGAACGGGCGGCCAUGGCACAGGGAAGGCGAGACUGGUAUGCAGUUAACAUAUGAUCCUGCUGCUAUGCAGAACGGGUUCUACUCCUCGCCUUACAGUAUCGCCACCAACCGCAUGAUCGCACAGACAUCCAUUACGCCCUUCAUCGCUGCUUCCCCCGUCUCCACAUAUCAGGUCCAGAGUACGUCAUGGAUGCCUCAUCAACAAUACGUUAUGCAACCUACAGGUGCAGUGAUCACCCCAGCCAUGGACCACACCAUGUCCAUGCAGCCUGCCAACAUGAUGGGCCCGCUCUCCCAGCAGAUGACCCAUCUGUCCCUGGGCACUACAGGAAGUUACAUGACUGCUGCGGCUGCCGGGGCGCCUAUGCAAGGGACCUACAUUCCUCAGUACACUCCUGUGCCUCAGACAGCCGUCCCUGUUGAAGGAGUGGUCACGGAUGCCUCUCCUCAGUCAGUGGCCCCCUCGUCGCAUGACGUGAGUGGGCAGCAGCAACAGAUCCAGGUGGACGGGUCCAGCGACCAUGUUGCUUACUCAUACCAGUCCAAAUAGCAACGGACGAGGAGAAUAUUCCUGUGACAGUGUUGCCUUGAGACAGGGGGGUUGGCUGCACUGAGAAUGUGGAGAAGAGAGAUUGCUUCCAGAUUGCCCAGGCACCAAAAAAGAGACACUUUUUUCAUUUCCUACCUGGCCUAAGAGAGUUACAGAGAGAGAGGAAGAGAGAGCGAGAAAGAGAGGAGGGAGGGUGGGGUGGGGGGGGUCUAGUCGCUGGGCACAGUGCAAAGAGUUGAAAAUGUUUAGUCUGGCAACCUGCCUGGUGGGCUGGGCUUGAGCUUGACUUUCUCAACUGAAAAAAAUUAAAAAAUAAAUAGGGAAAUGUUGAAUGCGCAGGUAGGUAGGUGAUGAGGUUUAUUUUGUAAUUAGAAAAGGGGGAGUCAAAGUUUGAGAUACACAGAGAUUGUCUUCCUUAGAUAUUAAGCUAUGAUUUCUUUUCACUUUUUUUUUCUCGUGUUAAAUUUGAGUUUUCUAGAUAUAUUCCAAAUAAGUGUUUUUCUUUCUUGAAUCUUCAUGGCCUUAAUUUUAAGGGCGUCAGAUGACUUUUUACGGAGAGUAAAGUCUGGCGUCUCGUUGAAAAUAAAAAGCGAUCUAAAUCAGUCUCUUGGACCACUGUGAUGGUACAUGAUACUGCAGGGGUUGAGCUAGAGACAUUAAAACAAAAUCUAUCACAUAAGCUGUACAGAUUUAAUAGACAAGAGUUUUUUUUUUCUUUUCUUCGUUAGAAGAAAACUUUGAUAAAUAAUUAUGUCAGAGGUUACUAAAUCUAAGAGAAAAAAGUAAAUGUCUGCUGAGGAAAAGAGUGGGAAAUGAUAAAAGCUUUGAGGAGAUUUUUCACAAUGGGGAGAAAAAAAAGACACUGCAUUGUAGAAAAUGCAGUCUGUUGCAAAUGCUGAACUUGUUUUUAUUAUCAUAAUAAUUAUUUUACAUGGCAAGAUUGCUGUUGAUGACAUUAGUGCUUUUAUCUGCUACAUUUGACCUUUUUUAUGAGCUUGAUGGUGUUUUUAGCCCGCUUUGCUUGUCACACUAUAAAAAAAGAACAAAGAAAAGAAUGAAAAAAAAUCUAAAACAAACAAAAAACGGUAGAAAAAAAAAUUCGCGCAGUGAUAAACUUCGUAGAUUGAGUAGGAGCUUACGGUUUAAACCAAUCAGUGCAAAAGCAAUAGAAGAAAUUGUUGACAAUUUCUGUAGUCUUUCCUAGUUGUGGAUCAAAUGCAGCCCAAGGAUGGCCAUUUUUAUACCAAAGAUGAAGAGACACUCUGAUCCAGAGUUUUGUUGUUUUUCAGUUAGAUUUUGUUGUUGAUGUUGUUGAUGUUAUUGUUGAUAUUGUUGUUGUUGCUGUUGUCAUUGUUGUUUUUAAUUUGACCUUGAUGGCCGGACCAGUCCGUACUUUUCCUUUCAUUACAAUUACAUGUUUUGGUUUAAGCUACCUUCCACGGUUGUCGAAACUAUCACACUGACGUCAAACAGUAUUUGACCGCAUGAUCCAACUAGUGGCAGUUCGACCUAAUGUCCCUCUCUACCACUUAAAUUGUCUUUCCGUCUCUCAUCUGUCGUGUCUCACUCUUUCGUCAACUAUGGGGGCAUUCCACCAGUCAACAAUAAAUAAUACACUAUAGGAAAUAUUGGGGAAUGUUGCAGGCUCGCUCCUCAGUCAUUGAUGCGUCGCUUCUGGCUUUGUCGGCUCACUGAUUUCUGCCUCGACGCUGUCUAUUUAUCUCAUUGAAUCAAUGACAACUGAACGAAACGGAUACAUUUUAUCCCCUCCCCGGGAGUCUCAUCUACGUUACCCUGCAUUUUUUCCCUCGCUCCAGUCAUCCAGACAACACAUAACAAAACUCUCCAGCAUAUUUCUGUCUACGUGGACUUAAAACAUGUCGUGCUAUCCCAGGCACUAUGUACUUAGGAAGACAGGCACUUGAUUCAAGACUAGCAUUGGCACGUUGACCUCUGGUGUGCUUCUGUAUUUAAUAUAUCUCUGAACUCCAAACGCAAAACGAACACAUGGAAGCAUACGGUAGUGUUAUCUGCUUUAGCAAACAUUAUCUCUCUUGGAGAUCCAUAUUUAUGGGCUGGAUAAACACUACUGUACUCAAACCUAAGGGGCUAUUUUCCAGACAGAAUAGUACACUACAAUAAGGUUGACAGUAACCUUUCAGCCAAGCCUAAAAUGCCUGUCUUCUCAGCCUCUAGACUCAAUAGCCUGUAAACAUCUCUGCCUCACCCCUUUCAGCCUUCCAUCAAACCCCUAUCCAUUGCCAUUUGAGAUUUUUUUUGGAAUGAUUUCAUCUCUGGAGAUUUGUCGCGUAAUAAAUGGCGUGCGGCUGUGGGAUGGCAGGCACGCUAUCCCCAUUACAGUAACUUGUGUCUGGAGCGCUGUGUGUCUCUAUCCCCAUUACAGUAACUUGUGUCUGGAGCGCUGUGUGUCUCUAUCCCCAUUACAGUAACUUGUGUCUGGAGCGCUGUGUGUCUCUAUCCCCAUUACAGUAACUUGUGUCUGGAGCGCUGUGUGUCUCUAUCCCCAUUACAGUAACUUGUGUCUGGAGCGCUGUGUGUCUCUAUCCCCAUUACAGUAACUUGUGUCUGGAGCGCUGUGUGUCUCUAUCCCCAUUACAGUAACUUGUGUCUGGAGCGCUGUGUGUCUCUAUCCCCAUUACAGUAACUUGUGUCUGGAGCGCUGUGUGUCUCUAUCCCCAUUACAGUAACUUGUGUCUGAAGUGGGACCUUAUUCCCUAUAUAGUGCACUACAUUUGACCAGGCACUGCAUCUCAGUACAAAAGGCAUCACUACAGUCCCUAGUUCGAAUCCAGGCUAUAUCACAUCCGGCCAUGAUUGGGAGUCCCAUAGGGAGGCGCACAAUUGUCCCAGCGUCGUCCGGGUUUGGCCCGGGGCAGGCCGUCAUUGUAAAUAAUAAUUUGUUCUUGACUGACUUACCUUGUUAAAUAAAGGUUAAAUAAAAUUAAAUAUAUAGGGCUCUGGUCAUAAAAUAGGGCUCUAUGUUAAGAAUAGGGUUCCAUUCCGGACACCUCCUCUGUGUCCCUGCCUGCCUGCUUGCUGUGGUGCUAGAGCCAUAAAAAGGCAUCACUCUCUCUCUUCUCUCGCUCUUCCUCUGUGAGGUUUUCCCUCUUUAUUGGACAGUGCAGGAGCUGAACCACAAAACCAAUUUUAGUCACAUUCUCAAUUGACGGGGCCCAAUUUGUCUCCCCUCAGGGCAUUGGGAUCCGCUCCAGUGUCCCUCAAAGCCUCUUUUUUUAGAAAAAAAGAGGGAAUUGUAGUGUUCUUUUUUCGUUAACAAUUGCACAUAUUGAGAUCCAUCAGUUCAUGUGAUUCAAAGGCAGGCUGUGCAUUGCGUUCUGGGAAAGAUGGCAGUGACAUCAUGGGUCUGUAACAAUGUAAUUGUUUAUCGAGUGCCUUUAACGAAGCUUCCAAAUGAUUCCAAUAUCUACAGGAUAGAAAAAAAGCACACGGAAAAGCUAUCUUAUAUAAGGGAACCGUACAUUUUUGAAGGAGUUGUGCUAAUGAAAAUACUAGUACAAAUGUACAACCUACUCUAAGGUGCUACAGUGAAAGCUGUCUUGGGCAUGUGCCUGCUUUGUGUCCAUUGGUCUGUGACGCACUGGCUAUUGUUGAUCAUUUGAUCAACAUUCAUUUACUACAGUGGCUCAUCCCAUUGGGUUGUGCUUUUCACAACCAAGAGAAAACGGGCACAUUGUGAACUACGUAGUCUACAUAGUGAGCUGCCAUCAUAGCCACCGUAACACAGGCAAUGCAAUCGGAGAAAAUAUAACCAUUCGACAAUCUGUUGUCCCGUAAAACAUUCAACCCACAUGUCUUCCAUCCAAUAACAAGUCAAUGAUCAAAUUUACUGUACCAAUCUACCAACACCAGAGCUACUCAGCUGCUCACUGUCCCCAAACACCUCUCUCUUUCCUCUUUUCACUCACCCUGUCACUUCCCCUCAUCUUUUGCGUUAACUUUCCGAGUACAGAAAACUUUGAGAUCACAAGAUAUAUGCGCAAAGUCACCCACUUUACAAUUCCAACAGACAAACAAACCCAAAACGUCUGUACCCUUUUCACACCAGUGACAACAACCGUCUACAUUUCUGCACGUCUCUCUGGGUAAUAACAUUGUUUUUGCUGCGUAUUUUUCUUUCCUGCCACGCGUGAGCAGGCUAGCUGCUACAGUAUGAGGUAUCCAGAUCUUAAGCUAGACCGUCGGUCGGGUCGACGUUUGCUCCUCAACCUCUAUGGUGUUCAAACUGUACCUGAAACUAUGUGCUCUACAUCAUAGAUCACUCUUACAGCUGCUACUUUAAGAGACAGACUAAGGAAGAAACCUUUGAUUAACCGCAGGAAUCUGACCGCAAUCUCCUUUGAUCACAAAGAUCAACACUCUACACAUAUUGUUACCGUCUAAGAUUCAAUAGCAAUGACAUACAAGGAAAAUUAGGUUACAAAUAGAAAUGACAAAAAGCACACAACAGAACCGUAUGCGCUCCAAAUUGCUACCUGAGAUUCAAGAAAGACAAAACAUUGAAGUGAGGAGAGGUUUCCCUCGAUCGGGUAAGAGCGAUAUCGGUGAGGUCAUUACGUCGUUGAAAUGGCAGUAUCAAGACUGACUGAACUCCUCUCUUAUUCUACGCUAGUUGUAGCACAAUGGCCUGGUAAAAUGUCUGUUAGAAAUGUACAGUGAUUCUCACUACGUUUUAGGGAGCUGCAGUUAAAGAUCUAGCUAGCUAGCCUAUGUGUCAGAACAAACCAGCCAGAGAGGGUCAUUAGCUCCUGUUGCCAGGCAGAAGUUGUUGAGGCGCUGUGUUGUGCACCUCCACCUGUUACUAAUUGGAGGCAUGUUCUACUACAUCCGCUGACACGCACACACACACACACACACACACACACACACACACACACACACACACACACACACACACACAUACUCACUAUUGCCAGACAUUUCUGAGUAUUACACACACACACACACACACACACACACACACACACACACACAGUGUUUCAGUCAGUGUGUUAGUCUUCUCAUUAUCUCUUCGUCAGAGUAAGGUUAUCACUGAGAGACUAAACCUAUGUUCUCCAUUGCUUACCAUCAUAGAGUCUCAGUUACCUUGGCUCUAUGGGGCCAACUUCCACGUAAGUAAAAUGUUCACUUUCUCUCCCAUUGACAUCAAUGCAUCACUAACUUAAACACUGACUUUAGUGGAAGUUAGGAUUCGCCCCUAUGUCUUUGGUAUCUACAGAACAGCAGUGUUCAGUUUCAGUCUACAGUAUCUAUCCAGGCUGGGCUACAAAGCUGCUUCAGUUCACUGCCUUUUUUUACACCGUCCACUUCUCCAAUCCGUCCCAUGCUGUGUCUGUCUCACUGCCUCCGUCCAGAUAUCAAGCCAGUCAGUCAUAUCUAUCUACCAUAUUUCUAUCAAGUCCUAGGAACAUAUUCACCACAAUGGCAUUCCAAGUUGUUCAAUGUCAUACCCCAUUGUCAUAGGCUUCUUGUGAUUUCCCCCAUUGUGACUAGACAGUGGUUUAGAGAAGACUGGCCCUGUGUCCAAAAUGGACCCUAUUUUUAUAUAGGGGAUACUGUGUCCUAUAUUGGCACCCUAUUCCCCAUACAGUGCACAACUGGACUGUAUUAUGACAGACGGUGCCUCAGAGUUGGGCCUCCCACAGUGAAGUGUGACAGGAGAGCUCCGGGCUCGAUAUAACUCAACACUCUUUCAGCUCUUACCACCACGUUAUUCAGUGGGGAAAUUGCUCAAAAAAAAAAAAUGUGGCCCACGCUUUUUAAUUGAUGCUCCGGUUCACCUUUGACGGGAGGCAUCGAUUGGCCACACAUCCCCAGGAGCUCAGCCAACUGGCUAACCUAACACACACCUUCCUCAAAAUGAAAUGGCUCCCAGAGACGUCAAACACUAUUGAGUAACUAUCAUUGGAAAUGGCCAACCAAAUUUGCUAAAGAAACCUCCAGAACUUUCAUUAAGCGUCAGGAUUAUUAUACAAUAUAAAAAAAAGAGGAAUAUUUAUUAGGACAGCAAAGCGGUUCUUAGAUAUUUUUUGUUUAGUUCUGUUUUUUGUUGUUUUUCUAUUUUUGCUUUUCUUUGGGUCAGUGCGGAGGAUGUGGUCAUGCCUUAUGCACGCCACUCAGUGUGUGUGAUCCUUGAUAAAUAUCUGUACAUCUGUGGAUGUUAGGAUUAAACUUCGGUUUUAAUGAGUUGUUUUUUUCUCUGAUGAAGCUUUCAAUAAAAAAAUUAGGAAAAAAUCGCGAA